AUGUCACGCAUCCUCAACAACAACAAAAAGACUGAAACUAUUCCUAGAAUUUUGGUGUUUGCUGUAGAAAUAGGAGAUCGCGUAGGAGACGCACUGGAAGUAGAGAGUAUUCUUGAGAAAUGGAAGGAGUACAAUAAGCAGCAACAACAACUCAUAAGUGAAGGAGAUGAGGUUGAAGUGAUUCACAAAGUUCCUGCAAAGGGAUCCAGAAAAGGGUGUAUGAGAGGUAAAGGUGGACCACAGAAUUAUGAUUAUAAAUUCAGGGGUGUGAGGCAGAGGAUUUGGGGCAAAUGGGUUGCAGAAAUCCGCAAACCUAUCAACAGCAAGCAUGUUGGUGAAAAAGCAAACAGGCUUUGGCUUGGAACUUUUUCUACUGCACUUGAAGCUGCUUUUGCUUAUGAUGAAGCAGCAAGGACCAUGUAUGGCCCUGGCGCUCGUUUGAACUUUCCUCACCAUUAUGGCAUAAAAUCAAUAGGUUCUAAUGGAUCAUCUAUUAGUACAGGAUUUGAUCAAAAAUCACCAAGUGGAACCUAUGUAGAUAUUUUGAACAGUGAUAAUGUUGCAAAAGUUGAUUGGUUGGAGGGGAAUCUCGUUGAAGAGUGUAAUAAUUACAUGCUAGAGAAUCCUACGUGCAUGGCUAUGACGUGCAUGGCUAUGAAUAUAGGAGCUGAUUAUAACUCUUGUGAUACUACUGCACAGGGGAUGACGGAGAAGAGUGAAGUGGAAAAUUACAAAUCUAGUAAUGAGUUGAACUGCACAAACCAUUGCUUUGGAUAUUUGCAUAAUAUGAUUCCAAACAGUAAUCCAAAGUAUGAGCAGUUCAAUAAUCUCAAAUCUGAGGCAACUAUUCCAACCAAAGAUAUGGAGGGAGUACUUGCAGAAAUUCUGCAGUUUUACAGAACAUGUUCCGAGAUGAAUAAUGUUCAGUCACAAAUUGAUCAAUUUACAUAUAAGCAAUAUAUUGUUAGUGAUUGCAAGAAUGAAGCAGCCAAUAUAAUAGGAGAUUCAAAAAAUCAUUCUAUGCAGAGAAGUAAUUAUCUAGUUACGAGUGGUACUUUUGGAUCAAUUGCAAAUGUGUCAGAAAAUGAGGAUUUGAAUAUCAAUAAUACUAAUAAGGACUCUACAUUACAAGAGAAAAGAAAUCAUGAAAAUUCAGAGUGCGGAUGUAGCUCUGGGCAGAGUAGGAAGUGUUCUGAUACUAGGUGUUCUGAUACUUCGCAACAGUUGCAAAAUUUGGGUGGUUACUUACCUGAACACUUGAAUAAUAUACAGUUUGCAGACAUGGAAGUAGGUCAUGAUUAUAGUUUCUUGAGUCCAGACUAUGACUUUGGUUUAUUGGAAGAGAAGAAAUUACUUGAUGUGUGCUUUUCACGUAGAAGAUCUAGAUCGUGAUAUUUGUUUUUCGUAUUUCAUAAUAAUAGGAUUAAUGCUUUGUGUUUUUAGUUUCUUUUUUUUUUUUUCAUUUUGGUGAGGUUAUUGCAGUAUUUGUUUUUGCCACACUAUAAUGAUUCAAAUAAGG